AUCAUCCUCGCCGCAUCCCAGUUUGAAUAUUCCCCAACGUUCCUGCAGAUGUCUGACCUUUCUUGGCAAUCCUCCUUUGGACGUUUGAGUGCUAGAAUUUUUGAUGCCCCCCACAUCUGAUGACGCCUGUACGUACUCUCCCGCCAUCUCCGAUUUGCAGAUAUUCCUUUUGCGUCACCUGCUCUGUCGAUGGAACCCCACUGCAUCUGUGGUUCACACCGCCUGGUAUAUCUCAGUAUUGGGCGUUUCAACAAUGGACAUGACUAUCAAAGAAGCCGAGCUCGAGGGCCGUAUUGCCGUGGGUGCAAGACACCAGGGUGAUAAGAGAUUAAUCCGGAGCGCUCUGAAGCGGUGAGUGGGGGACCGCUUGUGGAAUCGAAACUCUAAUUCAAAGUGCAAGCGGUUUCCCGCAUCGCCAUCUCCUUCGCGACGGUGUCCACCCUACGCAGCACUAGCCUUUCUUUUCUGCAAACAUUUAGCUUUCGGUCUACCUGUUGUCUUUCUUCGCUUCGCCACCGUCGUUUCCGACGUAACUUAGUAUUAGACUCAUCUGCGAUGCAUUUCUCCGACGUUGUGCUGCUCAUUGUCGCGUCAGCUUGUACCGUGUCGGCGUCUCUCGUCCCGCGUCAGGCGGUCUUUCCUAACUGUGCUCUUCCAUGCCUGACUUCGGCUAACUUCGGCUCCUGCAACACGUCCGACAUUGGCUGCUUGUGCAGUUCGUCCGCGUUCAUAGACUCCGUCGCCCAGUGCAUUCAGUCUGGAUGCAGUGGGACCGAUGUCCAGAAGGCGUUGUCUGCAGCGCAGACGGAGUGCGCGAAUAACGGCGUGACACUCCCGUCCAAUGUGAUAGCUGCCACCUCAAGCGUGCCCUCCGCGUCAGGUGUCUCGACUUCCUCUGCGCCCUCUGCCUCGCCCUCCUCCGCCAGCACCACCACCAACGCAGCCCUCACAAACCAGUUUGAUGCCCUCUCUGGUGCUGUCGCCGUGCUUAGUGCCGCGUGGCUCGCCCUCUAACCACGAUUCAUGAUGGUUUGGAGUCUCGCCCACCUUGCCCCCGCCACAUUCACACACCAAAAUAGCAGUACCGACUUGAGUCUUCGCAUCUCCUUCUCCAUCCGGACUGCCCUCGCGUUUUGAUUGAUUCUGAUUUCGUUCUUCCACCUUUUCUUUAUUCGUGCGUCAGGACGUGAUUUGCCGUGUUUGUAACACGCGUGUACGACUAGCUGUAUCUAAAAGUGUCGGAUCCCUUGCAUGUCUGCUCUGUUUAUGAUCAUCUGGGGCGAGGUAUGUCCGCCUC